AUGUUGGACCCGUCGUCCAGCGAAGAAGAGUCGGAGGAGCUGGUGGAGGAGGAGAGCGGCAAGGAGCCGCUGGCGCCCGCCGCGGCGCGGCUCUCGCCCAGCCGCCCCGGCGAGGGCCCGGGCGGCGGCGGCGGCGGCGGUGCCGGUGGCGGUGGGAGCGCCGGGGGGCUGCAGCCCGGUGGGCGCGGCAGCAGCGCGGCGCGGCCCGCCAGCCCCAGCCCCUCGGUGGCCAGCGAGAAGGAGAAGGACGAGCUGGAGCGGCUGCAGCGGGAGGAGGAGGAGAGGAAGAAGAAGCUGCAGCUCUACGUCUUCGUCAUGCGCUGCAUCGCCUACCCCUUCAACGCCAAGCAGCCCACCGACAUGGCCCGCCGGCAGCAGAAGAUCAGUAAGCAGCAGCUCCAGACAAUCAAAGAUCGUUUCCAGGCCUUUCUCAAUGGAGAAACCCAGAUUGUGGCAGAUGAAGCAUUUAUAAAUGCUGUCCAGAGCUACUACGAGGUAUUCCUGAAAAGCGACCGUGUUGCCAGGAUGGUGCAGAGUGGAGGGUGCUCAGCAAAUGACUCCCGGGAGGUCUUCAAGAAACACAUUGAGAAGAGAGUGCGCAGCCUGCCAGAAAUUGAUGGCCUCAGCAAGGAGACAGUCCUGAGCUCUUGGAUGGCAAAGUUUGAUGCUAUUUACCGUGGGGAGGAGGAUCCCCGGAAGCAACAGGCCAGGAUGACAGCAAGUGCUGCCUCGGAGCUCAUUCUCAGCAAGGAGCAGCUCUAUGAGAUGUUCCAGAACAUUCUGGGGAUCAAGAAAUUUGAGCAUCAGCUUCUGUACAAUGCAUGUCAGCUGGACAACCCUGAUGAGCAAGCAGCACAGAUCAGACGAGAGUUAGAUGGACGUCUCCAAAUGGCAGAACAAAUUGCCAAGGAGCGCAAGUUUCCCAAGUUUGUGUCCAAAGAAAUGGAGAACAUGUAUAUUGAGGAGCUGAAGUCAUCUGUCAAUCUCCUGAUGGCAAACUUGGAGAGCAUGCCUGUGUCUAAAGGAGGCUCUGAGUUCAAGCUGCAGAAGCUGAAACGUAGCCACAACACCUCAAUAAUUGACAUGGGAGAGGAAAAUGAGAACCAGCUUUCCAAGUCAGACGUCGUGUUGUCAUUCUCCCUGGAGGUUGUCAUCAUGGAGGUGCAGGGGCUGAAGUCGCUGGCCCCCAACCGCAUUGUGUACUGCACCAUGGAAGUUGAAGGUGGGGAGAAACUGCAGACAGACCAGGCUGAAGCCUCAAAGCCAACCUGGGGCACCCAAGGAGACUUCACAACAACUCAUGCACUUCCUGCAGUGAAGGUGAAGCUGUUCACGGAGAGCACAGGAGUGCUGGCUCUGGAGGACAAAGAGCUUGGGAGGGUUGUUCUCCACCCUACUCCUAACAGCCCAAAGCAGUCUGAGUGGCACAAGAUGACUGUUUCCAAAAACUGCCCCGAUCAAGACCUGAAGAUCAAGCUUGCUGUGCGAAUGGAUAAGCCUCAAAACAUGAAGCACUCUGGGUAUUUAUGGGCCAUUGGUAAAAAUGUUUGGAAGAGAUGGAAGAAACGAUUCUUUGUCCUGGUCCAGGUUAGUCAAUAUACAUUUGCUAUGUGCAGCUACCGGGAGAAAAAAGCAGAACCUCAAGAGCUGCUGCAGCUCGACGGAUACACUGUGGACUACACCGACCCACAGCCAGGUUUGGAUGGUGGCAGAACAUUCUUCAAUGCUGUGAAGGAAGGAGACACGGUGAUUUUUGCGAGUGAUGAUGAGCAGGACCGUAUCCUGUGGGUCCAAGCCAUGUACCGAGCCACUGGCCAGUCUCACAAACCUGUGCCACCUACCCAAGUGCAAAAGCUAAAUGCUAAAGGAGGAAAUGUACCCCAGAUAGAUGCUCCAAUCUCUCAAUUUUAUGCAGAUAGAGCUCAAAAGCAUGGCAUGGAUGAAUUUAUCUCUUCCAAUCCCUGUAACUUUGACCACGCUUCACUCUUUGAGAUGGUUCAGCGCCUCACUUUGGACCACAGACUUAAUGAUUCCUAUUCUUGUCUGGGCUGGUUUAGUCCUGGCCAGGUCUUUGUGCUAGAUGAGUAUUGUGCACGUAAUGGAGUGAGAGGCUGUCACAGACAUCUCUGCUACCUCAGAGAUUUGCUAGAGCGCGCAGAAAACGGAGCUAUGAUUGACCCCACCUUACUUCACUACAGCUUUGCCUUUUGUGCAUCACAUGUUCAUGGCAACAGGCCUGACGGGAUAGGAACUGUGACUGUGGACGAGAAAGAGCGUUUCGAAGAGAUCAAGGAGCGGCUUCGUGUGCUGCUGGAGAAUCAAAUCACACAUUUCAGGUACUGCUUUCCAUUUGGCCGUCCAGAGGGUGCACUGAAAGCCACUCUGUCACUGCUGGAAAGGGUUCUGAUGAAAGACAUAGUUACUCCGGUCCCUCAAGAGGAGGUAAAAACAGUCAUCCGUAAAUGCUUGGAGCAAGCAGCUCUAGUCAAUUAUACUCGGCUAUCAGAGUAUGCCAAAAUUGAAGAGAAUCAAAAGGAUGCAGAGAAUGUAGGCCGGUUAGUCACACCAGCUAAAAAGUUAGAAGAUACAAUACGUCUGGCAGAGUUGGUAAUUGAAGUCCUACAGCAAAACGAAGAGCACCAUGCAGAGGUGAGCAGCGUCCCUGGCGAGGCCUUUGCUUGGUGGUCAGACCUAAUGGUUGAGCACGCGGAGACCUUCCUGUCCCUGUUUGCAGUGGAUAUGGAUGCAGCAUUAGAGGUGCAGCCCCCAGACACCUGGGACAGCUUCCCGCUCUUCCAGCUCAUAAACGAUUCCCUCCGUAGUGACUAUAAUUUGUGCAAUGGAAAAUUCCACAAACACCUCCAAGACCUGUUUGCUCCACUUGUUGUUAGAUAUGUCGAUCUGAUGGAGUCCUCAAUUGCACAGUCAAUUCACAGGGGCUUUGAGCGGGAGUCAUGGGAGCCAGUAAAGAGUUUAACAAGUAAUCUGCCCAAUGUGAAUCUACCAAAUGUGAAUCUCCCUAAAGUACCAAAUCUACCAGUUAACAUCCCACUAGGCAUCCCACAAAUGCCUAGCUUUUCUGCACCGUCAUGGAUGGCUGCUAUUUAUGAUUCUGACAAUGGAUCAGGCACCUCAGAAGAUAUGUUCUGGAAACUUGAUGCCCUACAGACGUUCAUUCGGGAUUUGCACUGGCCUGAGGAGGAGUUUGGGAAACACUUAGAGCAACGCUUGAAGCUUAUGGCGAGUGACAUGAUUGAGUCCUGUGUGAAAAGAACAAGGAUUGCAUUUGAAGUAAAACUGCAGAAAACCAGCCGAUCAACAGAUUUCCGAGUCCCUCAAUCAAUAUGCACCAUGUUUAAUGUCAUGGUGGAUGCCAAAGCUCAGUCUACAAAGCUUUGCAGUAUGGAAAUGGGCCAAGAGCACCAGUACCAUUCAAAAAUAGAUGAACUAAUUGAGGAAACCGUCAAAGAAAUGAUAACACUCCUAGUGGCAAAGUUUGUCACCAUUUUGGAAGGAGUCUUGGCCAAACUGUCUAGAUAUGAUGAAGGAACUUUGUUUUCUUCAUUCCUGUCAUUUACUGUGAAGGCUGCUUCCAAAUACGUGGAUGUACCUAAGCCAGGAAUGGAUGUUGCUGAUGCCUAUGUGACUUUUGUCCGCCACUCUCAGGAUGUCCUGCGUGAUAAGGUCAAUGAGGAGAUGUAUAUAGAAAGGUUAUUUGAUCAAUGGUACACCAGCUCCAUGAGUGUCGUGUGCACUUGGCUGACAGACCGCAUGGACCUGCAGCUCCACAUCUACCAACUGAAAACUCUCAUUAGGAUAGUAAAGAAAACAUACCGAGAUUUCCGAUUGCAAGGCGUGCUGGACUCCACCUUGAACAGCAAAACCUACGAGACCAUCCGGAACCGGCUGACUGUAGAGGAGGCCACGGCAUCGGUCAGUGAGGGCGGGGGGCUCCAGGGCAUCACCAUGAAGGACAGCGAUGAGGAGGAUGAAGAGGAUGACUAG